GCGUGCCUUACGUGGUGACGCAAUGCAACAACUGCGGGUCCCGAUUGCUGCAGCCGCUUGUCAUUGUGACGAAGAUUGGCACUAAGUUGUGAACGUCUGGCGUUAGAAUGCUCCAGCGUUGCCAGUAGCAACAGUAACUAUGAUGACGUCGCCAUCGUCGGUGUCCAUGGAGGAGUUUCAGGAGACUCAACAGAUGCAGGAGGAGGAGCACUCAGUGGGAGAGACAGAUGAAAGGUUGGAGGAGGAAGAAGAGCGAGAGGAAGAGGAGGAAGAGGAGGAGGAGGAGGAGAGUGUCCCAGUGUCAGCUGACCCCCAGACACCCAUGGAGGCCCAAAAAGCCGCUAUUUACAGGCACCCCCUGUUCCCCCUGCUGGCACUUUUGUUUGAGAAGUGUGAGCAGUCCACGCAGCGUUCCGAGUGUGUCACUUCGGCCAGCUUCGACAUGGACAUCCAAAACUUUGUGCGGAGUCAGGACAAGGAGAACAAGUCCUUCUUCAGCGAAGACCCCGAGCUCGACAACCUGAUGGUGAAGGCGAUACAGGUGUUGCGUAUCCACCUGCUGGAGCUGGAGAAAGUGAGCGACCUGUGUAAAGACUUCUGCAGUCGCUAUAUCGCCUGCCUGAAGACUAAGAUGAACAGCGAGACUCUACUGAGCAGCACCGAUCCGGCGAGUCCCUACUCACCUACACAGACUCAGACUCCUAGCUCCUUUGCUGGGACUGUGAGUCCACAGGGGAUUGUACUACCAACAUCCGCAUUACAACAAGGCAGCCUUACUGUGACGGCAGUAAACCCCUCACAGGUGGUGUCAGGUGGCACAGUCUAUCAGCCUGUAACUGUUGUAACUCCUCAAGGCCAGGUGGUUACCCAGGCCCUCUCACCUGGCACAAUACGCAUCCAGAACUCACAGCUUCAGUUGCAGCUGAACCAGGACCUCAGCUUCCUGAGUCAAGAUGAAAACUCUUCCAAGACAAAACGAGGCAUUCUGCCCAAGCACGCCACCAGCGUCAUGCGUUCUUGGCUCUUCCAACACAUCGGGCAUCCAUAUCCUACAGAAGAGGAGAAGAAGCAGAUUGCACUGCAGACUAAUCUCACCCUGCUGCAAGUCAACAACUGGUUCAUAAACGCGCGAAGGCGAAUCUUGCAGCCGAUGUUAGACGCCAGCUCAUCUGAGGCACCCAAGAACAAAAAGAAAACACCACAGACUCGUCCACUUCAGCGCUUCUGGCCAGACUCCCUCGCAUCCUCGGUCUCCCAGCAACAGGUUACCAUGGAAGAUGGUACCAUGGUAUCAGUGAGCAUGGUAGGAGAGGACGGGCUGCAGACACUGUCGUCUGACGGAGCCACGCUGGCCAUGCAGCAAGUGAUGAUGGGAGGCCACAGCGAGGAUGAUGAAGACGACAAUGAAGAAGAUGAAGAGGACAAUCUAUCCCACUCUGACAUGACCAGGCUAGGUCUGGAAACCAGCGACUCACUGUAGGAUUGAGAGAACAGAUUUACACAUAAACACACACACACACACACACUCUGCCAGGGAUGUCGAGAGACACAUUAAAAGAUAUUGUUAGAGAUAUUGUUUAAGAAAGCGAAAAAAAAAACCCUGAAGGAAAAAGACAUGAUGAAAAUGACAUUUUCUCACUGUGCGGUCAGGUGCAUGAUCACGUACUGUACGUCACAUUACGGACAAUCAGGUUGUCAAACAUCCUGAUGAUUAUUCGAUUGGAAGGCUCAAAGCCACACAAGCCAAAAAAAUGCAGUUCAUGUACACACACAGACACACACACGCAGACACACAAAUGAUAAGCACAAUCGUACAACAUGUCUGGGGUUUCUUGCACAGUGAGGAUAUGCAUCGGUUUCAUUUCAAAAACUUGUUUUUUUUUUUGUUUGUUUGUUAUUUGUUUGUCUGUUCAGCAGCACAAAGGAAACCUCAUGCACUUUUUAGUAUGUUACUGUAAACAGCCAUGUUGAAAACAGCCAAAAGAAAAGAAAAGAGAACGCAUAGGUAAAUGCUGGAUGAUUUGGCUUUCCUUUUCCUCGUCUCCUUGGAUGAGAUCGUGUCUCUUGCAUGCCUGUGUUUGUGUUGUUUUCAGGCACCAUAGAAGAAGAAACUAUUUUUAUAUUUACACUGCUGAUAAAUCGGUGCCCCUUUGCUUCGGCUCAGUUUUGCUGUGUUUUUGGUAAAGGACAAUUUAUGUUGAUGCGAUGAUAAAAAGUCACUUUUUUUGAUAUGAUGGCCCAGUUUUGGGGGAAUUUUGAUAAAGCUUAAUACCUGCUAAUACAAAGAAAGAGCUUUUGCUAUAGUCAUAAGUAGGAGAAAAAUAAAUACAAGGCCGUACAUCUUUUAUUUUAAGAAAUGAAACUGGCCUUGCUUUUGUUUAAUUAAACUGACCAGCACUUCUGCUACAGCUUUAGUCUGUAGGAAAACCAACACCCAUUAAAAGUGGCAGUGAAUCAAUUGGUUCUGUUUUACACACCAUUGUCGAUUUGUCCUUAUAAUUAUAUUCAUUUUAUGUUAAAUAUUAACUAUUACUUUGCUAUUCAGUGGGUAUUUAUCCAUGAUUUAAAACAAGCAAAUAAAUCCUAGCUUCUUAGCAAGUUCAUGAAGUCCAAAGAAGAUGAAUAAAUAAAUACAUUCUGCUUCUGGCCAAGUGAACCUAAGUGAAAUAUUAGAUUCGACCCAGUACUCUGAUACUUCCUCGUAUCUAUAUCCUUUAGCCUCUGACUCAGCUUUCUGCCAUCAUUUAAGGAAGAAUUAUUUAUUUAAAGGAGCUGUGUGCAAUUUUAGAGCCCUCUGCUGCCUGUGAGGUGAAUUGCAAUAGCAAUGAAUGAAUUGUGACUCCCCGUGACCCGAGGUAGUUCGGAUAAGCGGUAGAAGAUGAAUGAAUGAAUUCAUGAAUGAAUGAAUUGUGACUCUUGUGGGUUGCCCUUUAAAGAAAAAGCGGGCGGAGCUCAUUUAAAAAAAUGUAAACGUUAAAGAAAGAACAUAUUAGGAUCUCUUGCAUGGCAGUAUUUCUAAUCCCAGUAUUUCUAAUGAGUUGUCGUUAAAACGAUACAAUAUUUAUGUCUAACAACAUUUUUAAAAAUUACAAACGGCUCCUUUAAUUAAACAUUCUGAACAAUUGUGGAGAGAAAGAAGAGCAUGAACAUGCAAAGAGUGUGAACAUGAACAUGCUUCUGUUUCUUUUCUUUUCUUUUUUUUUUUUUAAUUUAUAACAGUUUUAUUUAAAUAAGUUUUAAUUUUUGUACCUGAUAUGCCAUAAGCCUAUGAUAUAAAUCCUCCACUUUCUCAAGUAAAAAAAUUUGUCUUGACAAAAAAUCCAUAAUAAUUAUAUAAAUAAUUAAAUUGAAUUAUGUAAUUCAUGUAAGCCUUAUUUUAUUUUAUUUUAUGUCAGUUCCUUUGUCCUACAUUUCAGUAUAGGAAGUGCUUCAAACACCCACCAGCUCCGGGUUCUUGCCCCGAUACUGCAGAAGUCUAUUCACGUGCUGAUCGUAGGGAAAAUCGACAAAGGUGUGAUUAAAAACACAAUUGGUUUAACAGAAUUUUUUUAAUAAAACAUUAUUUAAAAAUAGGAAACUGGUAAAACAUUUUCCGUAUGCAUAUCAGAAACAGUCCAUAAGAUCUGGAUGUAAUCAGGCCUUUGAUUAAGAACACAAUCAUCAUUUCUAUAUUUAUCUCCAUUAAGUGCAAUGGAACACUUACAAGUUGCCAUUUUGGCCUCCACAAACGUUUUUCCAUCACAACUGAGCUGAGACAAUUCGUGUUUCGAGUAUGUAAAGAUUUAUUGCAUGGGUUUGUACUUUAUUGCUGUAAAGAAAUAAAAGCACUAUUAUUUCCAAGCAUUGUUAUACUUUACAGUAGAAAACAUGUAGGCCUACAGACAAUGUGUGAAGUUGCACAAUGUAAAAAUGAUUAAGAAAAAAAAAAGUACAGUCGGCCAGUUUUGAAUUUCAUAAAUCUUUCACUCCUGGUAUGCUCCACGUCACGUUCGUUAAAACUGUAGCCGACAUUUUUUGUUGUUGUUGUUGUAGUUGUAGUUUUUUGACUGCAUUUUGCCAAAUCUUAACAUUUUCACUCCUGAAAUCCACCCGUUUUAAACUAUGCGCUCUUGUCUCGUUUCUGGAUUUUGAUUCAUAUAUAUUUUUUUUUUUUGCCAAUUUUCUCUUAAGCUUUCUUAUCACGGUGUGGUUUUAAUUUUUUCAGCCAUCGCUGGUGUGUGGUGAAAAAAUCAGCACUGAUCUGACUUCAUUUAGUUUUGCAUGGUGGGUUUCCACAUGCUGCAUGUUUCCCUAUGAGCUUUAUAAACCGAACACCUCACCUGAAUAUGCUAACAUGAUGCUAACAGGACUUGGCUAACAACGAAUGAGUAUGAUUACAUGGGCAUGACGCUAGUAUGCGCCCCCCCCAAUAGCCUUCAUUUAUUAUUAGAAACAUUUUUCAGGUGAAAUAUUCAAUUAAAAUUUGAACUCUUUUUAAGCUACUCGAGCUGCUUUUCACGCUAGUGCUCAUGUUUGCCUUUCUCUGUUUUAUAAUAAACUCAAUAAUUGAGUAAAAAUA